CUUACGGAUAUUCAUUAAAGCAAACAGCGCAGACCCUGAUGAGACGCCGCAUCAUGGGUCUACGCUGUUUGCCAAGGGCUUUUUUGUUGACGCUAGGCAUAAAUGGGUUAAGUUGACAAGGGGACUUGCUUUGAUCGCAAUGUGGAAAAUAUGCAUUAGAUAGUAAUGUAUAUCAAGAGCACUGUUCAUAUACAGCUGCUGUUCGUACUUGCGGGUGUGUUUGGGGUUCGUAUCAGACAAGACCAUGUCGAAACAAGCCAGCUCACAUUUCUUUAUGAUCCCCACUCGCACUUCCUUGUUGCUCACAACUCAGUAGCGUGUUUCCUGGCACUAUUGUUGGGACACGAGCGGGACAUGAUCCAUACGGAUCGCGGAAUACAACAACUGGAGAUACAGAUGAUGUUCGAGUGGAUUGGCAAGGUACCGGAAGUGCCAGUGUACCGCACCGACCACAACAUUCCAACAGCCGUGUUAAAGAUGUGCUCACGCCAGCUUAUCUACUAUCUGGAUAGAACCGGGCAGAUAACCGCGUGUGUCUAUGAGGAAUACAGUCUGCUGACAGUAAAACUUAGUACCGGAGAUAUCAGCCUAGUAUACAGUGACUCAAAAUUCCACAUACGAUCAAGCAAAAUGGGUGCAGGAAGAAACGGAGGGUCGGGCUUUUAUUUGACAUUUGGAAAAGCAUUCAUCCUAUGUUUCCUGGCCAUCCUGAUAGCGGUUGGAGUCGGCCUUAUUGUUCAUUUCUCGGAAAACCGGAAGUUCGAGUGUGUAUUACCGGAAAUCAGGUCCGGCGACGACACAGGGCAGCUCCACGAGCAAAGCACACGGCGGACGACACAAGAUCACAGCUAUAAAUUGUUUUAUUUCGACUGGAGAGGCCGUGGUGAACUAUCUCGAAUGAUGUUCACAGCAGCGGGUCAAAGCUUUGUCGACCGUAGGAUAGACUUCUUCAAAGAGUGGCCCGGUAUUAAAUACACAAUGCCCCAGUAUGUCGUACCAGUGCUCGAGGUUGACGGGCGGACGAACAUCACACAGAGCAUGGCGAUAACUCGCUACCUGGCCAGGAAAUUUGAUCUGUAUGGUAAGAACGCACAAGAGAUGGCGUUGGUAGACCAGAUCAUAGAGACAGUUGUGGAUAUUUUCUCCGGAGUGCUUAAAUUUCAGGAAACUCCAAACGCGACAGAAAGGGCAAGAGUCAAGGCGGAGUUCUACAAGGAGAACUGUCCGAAGUAUCUGCAGUUUCUCGAGAACCUCGUUGCAGAGGGAGGUAGAGAUAAUUUCGCUGUCGGCGAUGGGUUAACGCUCGCUGACCUCGCGCUGCACGUGUACAUCGAGCACACUGAGGCCCACGUGACACCAUUAGACCGGCCUCUUUUCAAUAACUACACGCGAUUGUCUGAAAACGGGAGGAACACAGAGCGCAUUCCCAAAAUAAGGUAUUAUCUCGCUAACAGACCACACACUGACCUAUAAACCGAUGAUUGUGUAAUUGUUCAUAGCGAUGUUAUUUAUAAAUGCGCCUUGCAUUAACUUUGUUAUACAUACGUUAUAUAUAAUCGCAUAGAACGUGUGAUAAUUCAUUCCGGAAAUAAAGUAAGUUUGGCCCUCCUUGCAUGUGCGUUUAACAUACUGUUUUCAUUGGUAAUGUAUA